AUGGCGCGCAAGGACGUGAAAUCGACCGUACCAGAUCAGCUGUGGCCGUCAGCAUGGGGCCAACCACCUCCUCUGGACGACGUACUAGGACAGAUCGCAGGAUUUCUGGGUGAUCUGGGAUAUACCGACGUGCGCAGCAAGCUGCAGAAGCAGGCGAAAGCAAAGGGUUUAGAGAUUGAAGGAUCUGGACCAAAAGAUCCCGAGCAGGGCCUGCUCAGUCAUUGGAAGCAGGCCUCUACUGGCAAAAUCAACAAGAAGAAAGACGAGAGCUCGAGUGACGAGUCGAGUGAUGAUUCUAGCAGCGCAUCAAGCAGCGAGGAAGACAGUGAGGAUGACGAGAAAGAUGAAGAGAAGGCAGAGGGUGGCGCAUUGGUAGACGACGAGGCCGAGGAGACCAGCGACGAUGGAUCUGAGGCGGGGACCGCGCCAAAAGCUUCGGCGAAGGUGGGCACGAAACGCAAACGGAGCGCGACUUCCUCUUCUGAAGACUCCAACUCAGAGUCAAGUUCUGAAUCCGAGUCGGAUGAGGACGCCCUGAAGGUGGAUGGCUCGUCUUCGAGCGACUCCAGCAGCUCUUCCAGCAGCGACUCUUCCUCUGAGUCGAGCGAGGGUGAGCGGCCUCUGAAGAAGAAGACAAAGACAUCGCACAGCCCUGAGAAGAGUGUCAACGCCAAAAAGAAAGCCAGCGCGGAAAGCAGCAGUAGCGGCUCUUCAUCGUCAGGUAGCUCAAGCUCAGACUCGAGUUCAAGCGACUCGGAGUCGGACGCAAAGCCAGCCGCCGCGAAAAAAGCCAAGAAGUCAGCAUCGGACUCUUCAUCUUCCAGCAGCAGCAGCAGUGACAGCGGCAGCUCGAGCUCGGCCUCGAGCGAUAGCGAAAGCGAAGCAGCACCGUCACCGAAGAAAGCAACGAAAGAACAGAGUCCGAAGAAGAAAGCCAAGGCCCUCGAGGCCUCCGCAACAUCCUCAUCAGCAACUCUCGGCGCGGAAGACUCUUCUGCAGAGAAGCAAGACACCUUACUCGUCCCCACCGCCGACCCGAACGACGAUACUAUGAAGCAGAUCCCAGCCACGAAGGAGAACGUCAAGAAGUUGAAGAAGGAGGCGGUACCAUUCUCGCGCAUCCCUGCUGAUCAGAAGGUCGACCCUCGCUUUUCGUCGAACAACUACGUGCCGUACGACUACGCCGACCGUGCAUAUCAGGAUUUGAGUGUGACGAAGGGCAAGGGUUUCACCAAGGAGAAGAACAAGAAGAAACGAGGUGAGUCGAUUUCUACGGAUUAUUCAUCUUCAUCCGACUCUGAGUACGACUGCAUCUCCGCGCCUCUGUCAAAGCCCCGGACCAAGGCGAACCCCAAGUUUCAGUUGAUCAUCCCCGUUCCUCGCCGGCCUCCGGAGUGGCUCGUGAAAUCAAUGUUGCGGACCUUGUCCGGCCAACGCUUGUCACACCACAAGGGUAGGAAGAAGCGCGGCAAGCUUACAGCUCACGGCAAGCGGCAGAAGAAGGAGUGGAAUCGGUGGUGCGACCACGCCCACGCCCUCGGUGUGACGGUCUCAACCUCUAGAUACGAUGAGCCACGAGACUGCAGCGAUUCCGACUGA